CACCUAUUCCGUAAAAUACAAAAACAAAAACAAAAAAAUAUUUUCAUGUAGGCAAGGAGAUCUGUCAUCCGCGACAACCAAAAUAUUUUUCAUAUACAGCUCUCCUCCUCUCCGAUCAGAUCGUACCCUUCCCUCCACCCUCAAAUUUACGGUUUUAAGAAAACUUGCCAAAUUUUCAUGCUCUGUUUUAUUUUUCCUGAAAUUUUGAAAAAAUUUCCGACCGUUGAUUAUUUGGAAUGCUGUGUAAUUUCACGAGUUUCUUGAUCCCAAUACAAAUGCGAUCUCAAGGUUGUUUGGUAGGGUUUUGCUGAGGAUUUUUGACAAUUCUCGUAUCCGCGCUGCUUGAUUAGGGUUUCCUCCGUUGUUAUGUGGUGGGGAGGGGAAUUGUAGUAUUUGUAUGCGAAUUUCGGAGUUGGGGGCUUUGGGCCUGAAUGGCUUCGGCUCAGGUGAUGCGGAAGCAAGAGCAUUUGGAAGCUGGAAAGCGCCGUCUGGAGGAGUUCCGCAGGAAAAAAGUAGCAGAGCAAGCGAAGAAAACUGCUUCUAAUAGCCAAAAUCAUGCUUCUGAUGUUAGGCCUCAUGAGAAACAGCCUUUGGACACUGGUCCCAUUCGAAUUACGGAUUCAGAGGGAGCUGGCACAUCUGAUGUACCUGGCCAAGCUUUUAUGGGACUAUCUCCUGCUGUAACUGACAAUGACGACAAAAUAAAUGUUUUUCCCAUUAAAAAUGAACAAGAGUUUUUGAAUGACACACUUGCUAGUCAUCAGUUAUCUGCGAAAGAUUAUGAUACAAAUUCUGUGGAUAGUGUACAUACACACUCAGAUAAUACAAAAUAUAAGAGAUAUGGUGCUUCUGGAUUUGCUGAAUUAAUGAAUGCCAAUCAUGGCCACGAAAAAGAAGGGCGGAAUAAUGAUUUCGGAAUAUAUACCGGAGUACGUGAUGGACUUCCUUAUGAGACUGCAACAGAUCAGUCUAUUCUUCCACACCCACAAGCAAGUCAAGGUUUGGACAGUACAAUUGGUAAAUCUAGUCUUUAUGGGACAGAUAAAACCCAAUCAACAAAAAGUGGCAGUUCUUUGUUGCAAUCUAGUGCAAGAGUCUCACCUCUGGAAGCUGGUGGUACUCUACCUCAAGCUUACUCCAGCAAUGCUAGCAUGCUGAUCAGUGCUCAUACAUCCUCCUCGUUUUAUGAUGACUCUAUUCAACCUACUACUAAUGUAAGAGGUCAAUACAUGAAUGGUGUUGCACACAUCAGUGAUGCUAUGAUUUCGAACUUUGGGGAAAGAAAACUUAGUGGCUCUGCCAGUGAUUUGCCUGGUGCCUACAAUGCAGCUCCGCAAGCAUUUGAAACCACAGGUUUUAGUUCUGAUAUCAGAAGUUCUUCCAAUCAUGUACCACUGUUUUCAGUUACAACUGAAAUGAAUCCUAGGAGAUCUCGCCCAUCUUUCCUUGAUUCUCUGAAUGUGCCUAGAGCCUCUUCAGGGACUCUGUUUCAACAUACUGAACCUGAGGAGUCAUUCAUGUCCAACAGUUUAAAUACAAACAGCAUGGAUGUUUUAGGACCGUCUCUUUUUCAGAAGCCAUCAGUGGAGAGUGGAAGUAUGGAGACUUCUUUAAAGCUGAAAACUCCUAAUGGUCCUAAUUCAAUCAAUCAAUCUGUGAAUUCUUCCAUUAAUUCCAGCAAUGGGGGAUUUUUGAGACCAAUUAUUAGUGAGAAUAGCAUGGAUAUGAAAGAAGAUUUUUAUUCAGCUAAACACAAUGAAGAUUUUGCUGCUUUGGAACAGCAUAUUGAAGAUCUGACACAAGAAAAAUUCUCUUUACAACGAGCUCUUGAGGCUUCACGCACUUUAGCAGAGUCCCUAGCUGCUGAAAAUUCAUCUAUGACAGAUAGUUACAAUCAACAGAGAAGUGUUGUCAACCAACUCAAAUCUGACAUGGAGAUCUUACAGGAGGAAAUCAAGGCCCGACUGGUGGAACUUGAGUCUCUCAAAGUUGAAUAUGCAAAUGCACAACUAGAAUGUAAUGCUGCUGAUGAACGUGCCAAAUUACUGGCUUCUGAAGUUAUUGGUUUAGAGGAGAAGGCACUCAGACUAAGAUCUAGUGAGCUAAAGCUGGAGAGGCAGUUGGAGAAUUCACAAGCUGAAAUAUCUUCAUACAAAAAGAAAAUUUCUAGCUUGGAGAAAGAUCGUCAGGAUUUGCAGUCAACAAUGGAUGCUCUUCAAGAAGAGAAGAAGCUCUUGCAGUCUAAGCUGCGGAAAGCUUCCACAAGUGCAACUUCUAUUGAUUUUAGCAACAUCACUCAUAAUAAAAGGGAUAUGUUUACAUCUACCGAAGAUUUAGAUGUCUCCAUCCAUGAAACGGAUCAAAAUGCUUCUUCUCUUGUAAGUGAUGCCUCCAGUGUUUCCUUGCUGCCUCAAAAUGGACAGUCAACUCCUGAAGUUUCAUAUGUGAAUGUUCCUCCUGAUCAGAUGAGAAUGAUUCAAAAUAUUAACACGCUAAUUUCUGAGUUAGCGUUGGAGAAAGAAGAGUUGAUGCAAGCUUUGGCAUCUGAGUCAUCUCAUUGUUCCAAGCUAAAGGAGUUGAACAAGGAUUUGUCCCGUAAACUCGAAGCUCAAACUCAGAGAAUGGAGCUUUUGACUGCUCAAAGUAUGGCCAAUGCGAUUAUUCCAGCUAGACAACCUGAUUCUCAUAUAAUGCAUGAGAAUACUCCAUAUGCAGACGAGGGUGAUGAGGUGGUAGAAAGGGUCUUAGGAUGGAUCAUGAAGCUCUUUCCAGGAGGGCCAUCAAAACGAAGAACCAGCAAGCUUCUGUAAAUGCAAGUCAGAUGGGUGUUGGCAAAGGUCCUACUUUCAGAUCUGAUUUGGUCAUCCCUCAUACUACCCCAUCCCCUAUUUUUGGUGAUACAACAAAGGUCGGUAGUCUGUAUAUUUUGAGUCCAACUAUAUAGCCAUUCUUUGUGAAAGGAAAUGAGUUAAUGUUUUGAGAUGCCUUCCCAUUGAUUGGAUAUCAUUUAUUUGACUGAAAGACAAUAAAUAACGCCAGUUGCUGCAGCUACCCGUUCGUUACGGUUGGAUAUCAAAGUGUAAUGGGACAUUUGUUGGAUGUGAUUAUGUAAAAGAGAGAGACGAUGCUGUUAUAGACAAAUAUGAGAGAGGUUGUAACAUGCAUAGGUGGUUUUGUUUUUCUUUACUGCCCAUAUCUAUUGUAUUUCAGAUCAACCAUUCGGGGCUUAAGCCCCUGGUAAUGAAACAAACGGUUUCGGCUUUCCAA